AUGGUCUCAUCGUCAACCACUACUGCUGGAUCUGCGAGGAGAAAGUCUAAUACGGGCUCUUCGUGUGAUGGUGCCACUAUCAAGAAGAUUACAAAAAAGAAUUCAUCCUCACCCUCUUCUCCACCUCCUUCCAUCACUCUCACACAACCUCUUGAGGCCACUCUCUCUCAAGUCCUUCCAAAGCAACGAAAAGAAUAUACCAUUCAACAAAAGAGAGAGAAAUGGAGCGAUGACGAGCACGAAAAGUUCCUCGAAGCUAUUCGUAUUCAUGGCAGAGAUUGGAAGAAGGUUGAAGAUUUCAUUGGAACGAAAACGAGAAAGCAAAUUCGGUCACACGCUCAAAAGCACUUUGAAAAGAUGAAGAAGAAUGGUGAAGAGUUUCCAAAACCCAGAGCAAAGAGAAAGAGUUUGAAACCUUAUCCUUCCAAAAAAACCAAUGAAAUUUACAAUGCCUUAUCAAACGAUCAAAUUGUAUCCAACCUCAAGAAAAUACCGAAUGAAUUCUUUGAAAAGCUCAUUUCACACCAUGAUGUUUCAGAGACCAUUCGACUCAUUCACUUGUUAGUGACAGCGAGUGCCAACAAUGAUGAAAAGGAUCGUUCAGCAGCUGUCAAGAACUUUUCAGAGAAGGAACGAAACUUGAUCCGAACCGUGAUUCACAACGCCACCAAUUUGUUGUCGAGUGAGAAGCAAGAGAGCUCGACGACGAGUAGUAGCAGUAUGGCGAAUAAUCAUCACUUGCUCUUCUUGACCUCACUCUUUACCAACUUUUCAGAUUUGUUGUCCAAUAGUGGUGGAUGUUCAAUGAGUACGUCCACAAUGGAUCCAUCUGUAGUGGGUAAUUCUGAUGCGUUUUCUCCUGCUUCUUUGUCUUCUUCCAAUCUAUCUUCUCCAUACUCUUCCUCACAAGAAGUCGUUGCCGAGUCGCAACAAGAAAUACUGAACUAUGAAAUGACCACUAAUGGAUGCAAUAAUAAUCACUCAACAACAACAUCGACCUCAACGGUUGUCCUUCCUGCUCAUCCCUUCCAUACAGCCUUUGAACAAGGAAUGUUCGUGGUCAUUCCAUCUCCUCCACAACAUCAUGAGGCUCAUGAUGAUUAUGUUGUCUUUUCCAAUACGGCAGCAGGUUAUUGUGUGAGUCCCAGCACGUGUACCAGUGGCUUGUCCGAGUCUGAUUCGUCUGCCGAUGAAUUCUCUCCAUCAUUGAGUGCUGAUGAUGCUGAUGACGAGAAGAUGACCCAAUUAAUUUCGGAUUUUACCAACCACGAUGAUGCUGAUGGUGUUUUUAUUCCAAAUCAUCAAGCCUCAACACAACAAUUUUGUACCAUUCUUCCUUCUCCAUUUGCCUCUUCUGCUGCUUCCAACUUUUAUUGUUCCACCACCACCCCUGCCUUGUACAUACCUCCUGCUCUCCAUUUGCCUCAUUCGGAUCAGCAACAGCAACACUUCCACCUUAAUCCAAUCCAAAUGAAUCUCCUCCAGAAUUCUCUCUUGAUGAUGAAUGUUGUCGUUGGAGGAGGUGCUAAUUUUGAGAAUUUGCUCGUUGAGAACACCUCCUCUCCAUGUAUGGAUGAUAUUGAUGAUGGAGCUAAUGUAAAUAGUAUUUUUGAGUCUUUUUAA